AAAUCGUUCUAACAGUAAGUAACAAUGCGGCAACCAGAACGGAUCAGCAACAGCAGCUUGAAAAGCUUUCUUUGUUUCAUAUUCUCGCUAAUGGCGCUGCGCUUUACAGCAGCCCAGCUUGCACCACCCACGUACAAUGGCCAUUUCGGGGGCUAUCAUCAACAGCAAUCAGAGCAGCAACAGCGGCUCGGCUAUUCAGACGCUGGGCUGACCUACUCUCGGGGUUAUUCUGCACCUGUGCAGUCCAGGUGGUCUGGUGCGCCAAUUGUUGUUAAUGAUGAAGCGAAUAUACUCCAACAGCAGGAACGUCCAUAUUUGCCCAUUAAUUACUACAACAAUAGAGGCGAAUAUGCCUCUGUCAGGCCGGAUCCCAGGAACCCAAAUUGGCUCAACCACAAUCUGCCGCCCACACGUGCUGCCAAUCACAAUUACAACGACAACAACAACAAUGGCUACUACUACUACACACAGCCACAAAGCCAGCAGGAACUGGAUCAACGUGAGCUACUCACUGUAGCUGACUCCCGACGUCCAGAAGACCAAAUAGUUCGCAUAGGCGGCAGUCGCUCCUUGGCUUACAACAACAACAACAACAACAACAACAACAACUACAGAGACAGUGAGAACUAUGUUGAGCCUGCUCUAUUGCUGGGCCAACACGAAUUUCAGGCUAAAUAUGCCAAACAUUAUUCCGACUACUUGCGCAAAUACCCAAAAAGAUUGCAGCCACAUUUCCUCAACACUCAACAAUUCAUUGAUAAAUAAUCAGCCCAAUUUGUUGAACUCUAAAAGAGUUAUAAAACUUACUUAAAGUAUGUUCCCAUUUGCCAGUGCCUGUGCCAAGUAUCUUAAUUGUUGACAAAUCUAUGCCAAGCUAAACAAUACAGCGAACGACCUAAUAACGCACAACCGUGUUGGCCAAGCGGCACGCUUCUAAGAGAAUUAUUGUUGAUUUAUAUGUUAAAUAGCUCUA